CUCAAAACGGCCAUUCGUGUCGUUUUACUACAAAACAACGGGUGCUCACUCAGUACACACUGAUUCCGCACCUUGUUUUCCCACCACCUCAGCCUCAGGAGCAACCCGGCAACAGAGCACCUCCGCUCUCGGCAGAACCGACUCCAGGUUCUGUGCGACUGGGUGCCGCGGGGAACUCACGCGCUGCGCGUUCCGCGCACUAUACAAUCGCGCGGUGCGCGCUGGUUGCCGUGCGUGUGGGGCGCGCGGUGCGGGUGUGGGGCUCGCGCGCUGAAGGCGGAGCGCCGCGCGAUGACGCCGUAUGAAAGGGGCUCAUACAAUGACACGGCGCAGACGGGCACUUCCUUUGGAGAGCGCGCUCAGCCACCUACUCUGAAACACAGCAGCCUCCUCCUCCUCCUCCUUCUCAUCAUCAUCAUCAACACCAUCACCAACACCAUCCUUCCGCACCGAGAAUGGACGUGUAGCGCGGCGCUGCCUUUUAUUCGCCUACUGACCUAUGCGGGUGGAGAGCGCCGUAUGGGAGAAGCAGAAGGCGUCUGAGAGCAGUCGGCGCAGGCAGAAUUAGACCGUCUAUUAACACACAAUACUCUGCAUAUCAUCAGGGGUUAACCGUUAUCCACUGUGGACUGUUCUGUUUUUUACAGAGGUUAUGGACGAAGACAAUCAAGUGCCCGAAGAUCUCUCAGUUGGAGAAAGAGACGAGUUGUCAAACAUACGACGCAGGAAAAAAGAAUUGCUGGAUGAUAUCGAGCGUCUGAAGUUUGAGAUUGCAGAAGUCAUGACUGAAAUCGAGCAGCUAACUUGCGUGGGGGAGAGCAAAACAUCACAGAGAAAUAAACAGAUUGCAAUGGGAAGAAAAAAAUUCAACAUGGAUCCUAAAAAGGGCAUUCAGUUUCUCCUGGAAAACGACCUCCUACAGAACACUCCUGAAGAUAUUGCACAGUUCCUUUACAAAGGAGAGGGCUUGAACAAAACUGUCAUUGGGGAUUACUUAGGGGAGCGGGAUGAUUUCAACAUUAAGGUGCUCCAAGCCUUUGUUGAGCUUCAUGAGUUUGCAGACCUCAACCUUGUGCAGGCUUUAAGGCAAUUUCUGUGGAGCUUCAGGCUCCCGGGCGAAGCCCAGAAAAUAGAUCGGAUGAUGGAAGCCUUCGCAUCUCGAUACUGCCAGUGCAACCCAGGGGUCUUCCAGUCCACAGACACAUGCUACGUGUUGUCCUUCGCCAUCAUCAUGCUGAACACGAGCCUACACAAUCCCAAUGUGAGGGACAAGCCUCCAGUGGAGCGCUUUAUCUCCAUGAACCGUGGAAUCAACAAUGGGGGAGACCUUCCCGAGGAGCUGCUCAGGAAUUUAUACGAGAGUAUUAAAAAUGAACCCUUCAAAAUUCCGGAAGAUGACGGCAAUGACCUGACACACACAUUCUUCAAUCCAGACCGAGAAGGAUGGUUGCUAAAGCUUGGAGGAAGAGUGAAAACCUGGAAACGACGGUGGUUUAUAUUAACUGACAACUGCCUGUAUUACUUUGAGUACACAACAGACAAGGAACCUCGUGGGAUUAUUCCCUUGGAGAACCUCAGCAUUAGAGAGGUUGAGGAGCCCAGGAAGCCGAACUGUUUUGAGCUGUUCAACCCCAACCACAAGGGCCAGGUUAUCAAAGCUUGCAAGACGGAGGCUGAUGGCAGGGUCGUGGAAGGGAACCAUGUGGUCUACAGGAUAUCGGCUCCUACACCGGAGGAGAAGGAAGAGUGGAUCAAGUCAAUCAAGGCCAGCAUCAGCAGGGAUCCCUUCUAUGAUAUGCUGGCAACAAGGAAACGAAGGAUUGCCAAUAAAAAGUGAGAGCUGUCCAUCUAGAGUCACCCAAAAACAAGGACCUCCUCUGUCCUCAAGUGGACAUUGUGAAAGAGCAGUAGCGUGACAUUGGGAGCACGGGUGGCGUGAGGGGAGGCAACGGAGCUACUGUGUCACCGGGCCGAGCAGAACAGGGGCCCGCAUUGCUGGCUAAACCAGAGAACGUGACUGCAGCCUGGCUGCCAUGCUGUUUCUUUCCCCUCUUGGUUUUCUCUUACCUUCUGAGUUCUCACCCCAAUGUGUUUUUCCCUCUUUUUGUGUCUUCAUCUGGUGACAAACGUGCCCCCAAAUGUAGAAUCUGAAGGAAAGACAUUGCUGGGCAGAAGGAAACAUGACCAGUAGCUCGCCUUUCGGUUCUGCCGCCCAGCGCAGUGAAUGCUUUGCCUUCCUCACGGUGCUCAAUCGAGAUUUUUCUCACUACACUUUUUUAUGCUCUCACACAACUCUCUAGAUGUUUACAAGGUCCUUGGAGGUAAUAAAAACAUUUUAAACAGAGUGACUUAAACCAGUGGUUUCCAGAUUUCUUCUUGAGGUCCCCAUUCAUUCAGUUCCACCAUAGGGGGGUGACGUGUUCAACGUUCACGCCACUCUAAUAUUAUUGGGGAAUAACUCCACUGAAUACUGCUGCAUGUACAGUAUGUUUUGGUCCCCCGGCACCUGACAAGGGGUUACACCCCCAGGUUCACCUGUCAUAUUCAUUGAAAAAAACACCUGAUUCGGUUCGUCAGAGGCUUGGUGCCGAGUCGCUUCGCCGGAUCAGGUGCGCUCUGCGAUUGAAAUAGAGCGAAUACGCGGAACAGCUGGGCCUCCCUCAUCGGAGAGGUUUGGCAGCCACUGAUUUAAACAGUUUAGAGGAAGCAGAACGAAAGUGGAAACAGCUCUUAAAGACGAUUUCUCAGCUCUUGGGGGUGCCAUGAUAUACCUUUAAAAUUUAACAGCUGAAACCUUUCACGUCAGUCAGAAUGCAGCCUGAUUUUCUUUAAAAAAAAUUAGUUAAAAUGUUAGAAAAAUGUCAAAGCCUUAUGUUUUGUGUAAACAAAGUGGUAGCAGAGCAUUGACUGAGCUUUUGGGGGCUGACAGAAGAAUCUGUGGAUUAAGCUAAUAUUGUGAUGGAUUCUAAAUGACUUCUUUUUUUUUUCUGGUAAAUGUUAUAUUGUAAUGUGAUAGGAAAAUUGUGGCCAGUUUGUGAUUGAAGAUCCAUUACAAUAACUUUUUCUUUUUUGUAUUUAUUUUCUUUACAUAAUUGCAACAUUUCUAUUUGUAACUGUCGAAGAGAGUAGACUUCUUAAGUUAUGUGUAAAUAAUGUAUAUACUAUGUUUUACUAAUUUUUGGUGUGAGGUUUAUUGCAUGUAAAACCUAAUGGCUGUAGCUUGCAUCAACUUAAAUGUAAAUUUCUAUAGUAGCAAUUUUACCAAAAAGAGAAGUAACAGAAAUAUUUUUGAGCAGAUAUUUUGUGGGGUAAGAAAGGGAUCUGAAGAUGAUGGCAAUUGAUGAGGCUGAAGCCUGCAGUGUUUUACAUGGGAUUGAAAAUAAAAACCCUUGUCAAGGGCAGAAUCUUCUCUAGAGACGUUGCUUUGUGGCACAGUAGACUUUCGGGAACAUUAGGACUACGGGCAGUGUCCAAUAACACACGUAACUGUUGUAUCACUGACAUCAUAACUGGGUGAAUGCAAAAAACUUCCUAUAUGACAGAACAAAAUUACAAGAAGGUAUUUCAAACCAAGUCACUUACUGAGUACCGUGGGGCUGCAUCCUAAGCAUCUUUCAGUUACAGUCUGAACUUAAUGCAGCUCACCCCCAGUUUUUCA